AUGGAUAAUUUUAUAACGGAUGAAUCUUUGGAAGACACCUUUGCAUACCUCGACAAUAUCACAAUUUGUGGUCAUGAUCAAGCUCAUCACGACAGAAAUCUUGAAAGUUUUCUAAAUGCCGCAAAGAGAAGAAUUUUGACAUUUAAUCAAGAAAAGUGCAUAUUCUCAACGACAACCAUUAGUAUUCUUGGCAGUGUGGUUAGCAACGAAGACAUAAAACCGGAUCCUGAAAGAUGUAGAAAAGUCUGUAGUUCAAGCAGUGGACGAAGCACAGCCAUUCCAAGUGAAACAGAUGCGUCAGUGUUUGCCCUCUCGGCAACUUUGAAUCAAAACAGUCGACCAGUUGCAUUCUUUUUGAGAACAUUGAGUGGCUCGGAAUUAAAGCAUUCAUCAGUUGAGAAAGAAGCUGCCGCUAUUGUAGAAGCUGUAAGAAAAUGGAGACACUGUUUAACAGGAAAGCAUUUCACCCUGAUCACCGACCAGAAGUCGGUACCAUAUAUGUUCGACACAAAACGUAGAAGCAAGAUAAAGAACAAUAAGAUUAUGAGAUGGAGACUGGAAUUGUCUACUUACUAUUUCGACAUAGUUUACAGAGCCGGGGAAGAAAAUGUUAUGUAUAUCCGAUGUAUAUCCACACGAACAGAGGUUCAGGUUUUAUGA